CCCCCCUCCGCCAACCCGCCCUUGGCACCAUGCAUAAAAGCGUUUGGUACCAGGACUGCCGUGUAGCAUUUUGUUUCCAUAGGCUUUUUACACGUACUUACCUGUCCCCUCUGAGUAGCUCCUGACCUUUUUCUUCUUCUUUUGUCUAUCUAGCUGCUAGGCUACUUGAAAGAUGACGCGCAAUGCCUCAGAAACCAAACCCCCAGCCCCAACGCAAAAGGAGGUCCUAAGCCAUGCCACCACCAUCGACCCAGAGAGCCCCCCAAGCCUCCUCUCCAUCGACGCCGACGCCCUCAAACUCGCCUCAAUGGGCUACACCCAGGACAUGCGCCGCAAAUACACCGUCUGGUCCGUCCUGGGCGUCGGCUUCUCAAUCACAAACUCGUGGUUCGGCAUCUCGGCCGCGCUCAUCACAGGCAUCAACUCUGGCGGGCCUUUGCUUAUUAUCUACGGGAUUUUGCUCAUAGCGGUCAUCUCGACGGCGGUAGGUGCGAGUUUGAGUGAGUUGGCGAGCGCGAUGCCGAAUGCCGGGGGUCAGUACUUUUGGGCGGGGGCGCUGGCGCCGAAGAGGUGGAGGAGGGGCGCGAGUUAUGUGACGGGGUGGUUGGCGUGGUGGGGGGCUAUGUUUACGAGUGCGUCUGUUGCGUUGGCCGUGGGAGGCGCGGUUGUGGGGUGUUGGCAGUUGGGGCAUCCUGACUUAAAGAAAGAGAGAGAUAGAGAAAGAAGAAGUGCUGAGUGUGCCCCCCUUCCCCAAAGCACGAUCAAAACCUGGCACGUCUUCCUCGCCUACCAACUCUCGAACCUCUUCUGCUUCCUCUUCAACUGCUACGGCAAGAUUCUGCCCUCCGUCGGCAGCACCACCCUCUGGACCUCGCUCAUCUCCUUCCUCGUCAUCCUCAUCACCGUCCCCGCCGUAGCACCAACCCACCAACACGCCCGCUUCGUCUUCGCCACCUUCAUCAACAACACGGGAUGGAGCGAAAACGGCAUCGCCUUCAUCGUCGGCCUCGUAAAUACAAAUUGGGCUUUUGCCUGUCUGGACUGCGCCACGCACCUCGCUGAGGAAAUUCAUUGCCCCGAGAAAAUGGUACCGAUUGCCAUCAUGGGGACUGUAGCUAUCGGUUUCGUAACAAGCUGGUUCUUCUCCGUCGCUAUUUUCUUCUCUAUUGUCGGGGAUUUUGCUGAUAUCAGUGCGUCCGCCACUGGCGUACCUAUCCUCGAGAUUUUCUUUCGCGCGCUAAAUAAUAAUACGGCUGGCGCUAUUGUACUGGAGAGCCUGAUUAUCGUGACGGGCUUGGGUUGUCUUGUUGCGAGUCACACGUGGCAGAGUCGGCUUUGCUGGAGCUUUGCGCGCGAUCGCGGUGUACCGGGGCAUCGGUGGUUGGCGCAAGUGGAUACCGGGUUGGAUGUUCCACUGUAUGCACAUGCGGCGAGUUGUGGAGUUGUGGCUGUGAUGGGGUGUUUGUAUUUGGCGUCUUUGACGGCGUUUAAUUCAAUGAUCGCAGCGUGUAUUGUUCUUCUGUACCUCAGCUACGCAAUCCCCGUCUCAUGUCUUCUGCUUCGAGGCCGCAACAAUAUCGAGCAUGGCCCGUUUUGGCUGGGCCCCUGGGGUGCGGUUGCGAACGUUGUGUUGCUUGUCUGGACGCUGUUUACGCUUGUCAUGUAUUCGUUUCCCUAUGCGAAGCCUGUUGAGCCGGGUAAUAUGAAUUACGUCUCUGUGGUAUAUGUUAUUGUUGCUUGCUUUGCGGGUGUUUAUUGGUUGGUUAGCGCACGUAAGGACUUUAGUACUGUGGAGGAGCGCAAGGUGGAGGUGCUUCAAGGGAGAGGUGUGGACAGUUAGAUGGGAUGGUAGUUGGGGAGUGGAAAGCUUUUAGCUGGUGUUGGGUUAGUACAGUACGGACAUUUUGAUGACCGAAACGUUUGUCUUGAAUUCAUAGGAGAAGCUCGGGUUUAUUAUAGUCCAAUAUCAAAUGAGUUCAGAGAAAACCGG